UAAUUUAUGUAGCUUGCAUACACAACUAGGCAAGCAUAUUCUUUUCUAUCCACCCUUCCUUUGCUGGCCAUUCAUUCUUUUCUUUCUCUCUGCGUGCAUAUCCAUCUGUUUCUGUAAAUGUCAGGACAUGAUCACAAAUUCACAAUCAUAUAUCAAAAUCCAUUGACCUUUGAUUUUGUACAUACAAUUAUGAUGAAUUGUUUUUAUCUUAACCUUCAUAAACAGAGAAUAUGAAACUUACAUUUCUCCAAUAAAUGUAGCUUGUCUCUCCACUCAACUUCAAAGAUCUCUGUACAUUGUUUCCUACAGCUCCAAAUUCCUAUAUAUAUCAUCUAUCAUUUGUGCAUUCUCCUUGCCAAGGCUCUGAAACUUUUAGUAUAUGCGAUGACAAUGAGGCCAAAGUCCACCGGAAUGUUUUUCUCUGGAAAAGCGACUACGGCUGCCGGGCAGCCGGAGGCUUGGGAAGUAAGGCCAGGGGGAAUGUUGGUCCAGAAAAGGAACUCAGACUCAGAUCAUACUUCAAUUCCAGUUCCUAACAUAAAAAUCAAAGUUAAACAUGGGUCAUCAUAUCUUGAAUUCAAUAUUAGUUCUCGAGCAAGCUUUGGGGAUUUAAAGAAAAUGUUGGCAGGACCAACUAAGGUGCACCAUGAAGACCAGAAGUUGAUAUAUAAAGAUAAAGAGAGGGAUUCAAGAUCAUUUCUUGAUGUUUCUGGUGUCAAAAAUGGAUCCAAGAUUGUUUUAGUUGAGGAUCUAGUUAGCAGAGAAAAAAGGUACAUUGAAUUGAGGAAGAAUGCAAAGAUUGACAAGGCAUCAAAGGAGAUAGCAGAUAUUACUUUAGAAGUGGACAAAUUUGCUAAGCAGGUUGCCAAUCUGGAUUCACAAAUAUUUGGUGGCAAGAGGGUUGUGGAGAAAGUAUUGUUGAAUUUGAUUGAACAACUGAUGUCACUAUUGAUUAAGCUGGAUGGAAUUGUUGCUGAUGGCGAUAUAAAAUCACGCAGGAGAUUUCAGGUGAAGAGAGUGCAGAAAUAUAUAGAAACACUUGACAUGCUGAAGAUUAAAAACUCUAUGAUCAACAAUGUUGAGCAAAUAAUUCCAAUGCAGAAGCAUCCGAAGAUUCAGCAAAUGUCAAAAAUCCCAAUACAAAAACAUCAAGAACAUCAGAGAAGGCAUGUUAGUCCAAAAUCUCCUCUGAGAGAAGUUAGAAUGCAGCAGCCAGUUGUGGUAACAACAAACUGGGAAACAUUUGAUUCGGGCUUGUCGACAAGUCCGCAGUUGAUUAGCUCUGGAACAGCAGUUGGACCUAAUGAAAAUAAUGGAAGUUCUAAGCAAAGCUGGGAGUAUCUAUUAUGAAAACUUGUUUCUGUUUCCCAUGUAUGUAAAAUAUUUUACCAUCAUUAAUAAUAAGGUCAAAAACUAAAAUAACUAAAACAGUCCUGUUCUUGAAGCAGAUGGCUUGUUUCUUUUCACAA